AUGUCGGGAGAGGUACAGUGUAUUCACAAUCACUCAGCUCAUAGUCUGAUAAUUGCAGGUGCUGGUGGUGCUGCUCACUUUGCAGUCAGAGUGAACAAGAAGGAAUAUAACUUGUGGGUUUCCUUUGGUUGGUCAGGAAGAGUCAGUACCAGAAAGACAUUAGAGAAGAACAUGGUUAAAAGAGAGAAACUUGAGCAACAAGGCUGGGAAUCAAAUUUGAACUAG